UGGCAACGCUCCAGUCACACUGUGUGCAUUAAGAAUGCCGCUUGGAAACGCUGGACGAAUUGCUGCUUGUUGGGCUGUUCUAACCGUUAGCGGUGUUUACGCAUUUGUCUUGUCAAAGAGGUCAGUGGAGGGACGCAGAUCCGAAACGUUACGUGUGCGAGACCGCAUGAAAAAAGCAAAUAAAGGCGAAUACGAUCACACUAUUUCCGACAGGCGUUUCGAUUAG